AUGUUAAAUUCUUAUGUACGAAAUUAUAUUUUGUCUCAAGCUCAAGCAAAAGUUAUGUCACAAACACAAGGUCUUUAUCCAGCACCGUUGAAAAUUUUAGAUGUUAUUCGACAAACUUUAGAAAAUGGUUCAAAAGUUGGAUUUAAUGCUGAAGCAGAAGCUUUUGCAGAUCUCUGUAUAACCAAUGAAUCAAAAGCAUUAAUUAGUCUAUUUCAUGGACGUACUGAAUGUAAAAAAAAUAAAUAUGGAAAAUCCGAAAAAGAAGUCAAAAUGAUUGCCGUUAUGGGUGCUGGUAUCAUCGGUGCAGGUAUUGCACAUGUAUCUAUAGAUAAAGAUUUUCAAGUUAUACUUUAUGAUACAACAUCAACUGCACUUCAUCUUGGCCAAUCACAAAUAAUUAAGAGUUAUCAACAUUAUAUUAAACGGAAUCGAAUAACAAAUACUGAAUAUAAUCGAAUAUUAACGAAUUUAAAUUGUCAAACAACAUUUGAUAAUCUUGAUAAAUGUGAUAUUAUAAUAGAAACUGUACUUGAAGAUCUUAAAUUAAAACAAAAUAUUCUUAAUGAACUUGAACAAUACAUUCCAGAACAUUGUAUAUUUGCAUCUAAUACAUAUAUACUAUCUAUUCAUCAAAUAGCUGCACAUAGUCGACGUCCACAUCAAGUUAUUGGUAUGCAUUAUUUUUCUCCAGUUGAUAAAAUUGAAUUAUUAGAAAUAAUUCGAGCUAAACAAACAUCUGAUAAUACAGUUUGUACAGCAGUUAAUAUUGGACUUAAACAAGGAAAAAUUAUUAUUGUAGUUAAUGAUAGUCCAGGAUUUUAUACAACACGUUUAUUAAUAUUUUCUUUUAUUGAAAUAUUUUAUCUAUUACAAGAAGGUUUAUCACCGAAUGAUAUUGAUAAAGCAACAAAAAAAUUUGGUUUUCAUAUUGGUUUAGUCAUAUUAUUAGAUGAAUUUGGUAUUGAUAUAAUUACACAUGUAGUAUAUCAUCUGAAGAACAUAUUUGGUGAACGUCUUGCAAAUUCGUCUGUAAUAGAAUUACUUCAAAUAUUUGUUAGAAAUAAUUUACUUGGAAAAAAAUCUGGACAAGGUUUAUAUAUUUAUUCUAAUGAUGGUAAGAAGAAGAUUAAUCCGAAAUGUAAAGAAUUACUUAAACAUCCUUUGACACAAACUCAUGACAUACCAAGAAUAGAAACUAUUCAAUGGCGUAUAAGUCUUCGAAUUUUAAAUGAAGCUGCAAGAUGUCUUGAAGAAAAUGUUAUUAAUUCUCCAACAGAUGGUGAUAUAGGUGCUGUGUUCGGUCUUGGCUUUCCUCCAAUGAAAGGAGGUCCAUUUCGUUUUAUGGAUACUUAUGGCAUUUCUAACAUAGUUGAUUUAAUGUAUAAUUAUCAAUUAGACUAUGGUGAUCGUUUUGCUCCAACACAAUUAUUAAUAGAUAUGGUCAAAGAUAAUAAAAAUUUUUAUUCAUAA